AUGGAAGUGCGGAUGCGCUACGAUGAUAUUGCAUGGCAAACAAGCGACAGAGUCGCCGAUGCCUGGGCACUCUACAUCCUCAAUCUAGACAUAUUCGAGAAAAUUGGGAACUUUCUUCUCAGACAUCACCAGGCUAGUGAUCCUCUCGAAUUUACAAUCCUACAAACAGGCGCUUUCAACACCGCCCUGCAGAUGAAUUUUGAAAGAACCCGCGCCGCGAUCAUACGGUUCCCACUGCCAGGUGCUACCAUGUUCCCAGAAGAAAAAGUCGGUAAUGAGGUCUCUACCAUGCGGUUUAUUGGAGAUAAAACCACAAUUCCAGUUCCUUUUAUCAUUCACUCUGGGGGGAAAAAAGAGAGUCCAUCAGAGUUGGGUCCGUUUAUCAUCAUGGAGUACAUCGACCACUAUUCAAAUAUGAUCGAAAUCCUCAAGAAGCCGGGACGCCCAACCGAAGAACGUAUAACACUCAAUCCGGACAUCAGCCAGAUCAAGUUAAAGGCUCUGUAUGGAGAGCUGGCAAGGGUCCUCCUUUCAUUGUCUGGGCUGUCCCAAAAUAAGAUCGGGUCGCUUUGCCAGGUUGAUGAUUUUGCCUGGGAAGUGGCACGCCGACCUUUGUCUCUACAUAUGAACGAACUUGUUCGACUGGGAACUCUACCCCAGUCGAAACUACCGACCACCACGUUCGAUACAGCGUCCUCGUACUUUGAAGCCCUGGCGGAGUUACAUAUUUCACAUCUCACGAGCCAAAGGAACGAUGCUGUCGAAUCAGCCGAUGACUGUCGGCGCAAAUUUGUUGCUAGGUUUCUCUUCCGGAAACUUGUUCGAGACCAGAACUUUAAAGCGCAAUGGAUUUUUUUUGAAAAUGGACCCUUUCCAAUCUGGUGUGACGAUUUUCGGCCAGGGAAUGUUCUAGUGGAUGUCGACCUCAAUAUCGCCGGGGUUGUGGACUGGGAGUUUACGUACACCGCACCGGUCGAAUUCACUCAUGCGCCGCCUUGGUGGCUUCUUCUCGAAAAGCCGGAAUAUUGGCCUAAAGGCCUUGACGACUGGUGUACAGAGUAUGAGAAACAACUCCAGACAUUUCUCGGAGCCCUGAUGAAUUGCGAAGAUGAGGCAAUAAGGAAGAAACAGCUAGCAGAAAGCCAGCGUCUAUCUGGUUCGAUGCGAAGGAGUUGGGAGAGUGGAGACUUUUGGAUUAUGUACGCUGCAAGAAACAACUUUGCCUUCGAUGCGAUCUAUUGGCAAAAAAUUGACCAGCGAUUCUUCGGACCGACUGCAUGUGAAAGCGUCGAUUUUUGCGACAUUUGGAAGAUGAGACUUGAUCUCUUGGAGCCCGAAGAGCAAGAGUUCAUGCAGAAGCAUGUAGAUCUGAAGCUCAAAGAGAUGGAAGCAAGCAAAAUUCUAGCAUGGGAUCCUGAUGAGAACACCCAGGAAUUUAUGAACUAUAUGGCAAGAACGAACGAUCGGUUGCCAUCUUAG